AUGGUAGGCGUCCUGGGGGAUGCUUUAAUUUGGCGCGUGUGGUGCUGGAAGGAUGACUGGCUGGCAGUGCUGAUGUCUAUGAGGCAUUGCCUUGGUGGAUCCGUAGGUGUCCAGACAAGAGGUGAGCCUUCACUCCAUGACAGCGCCAUGAAGGGAAAGCCCACCAAGUUGUCAAAUUUCUUCAAGAAUACAUUGUUCAUCUUGGAGCAUAUGAAUGAUGGUAUCUUGGGAUCUACACUGUCCGUGGAUCGGGAUGCGUAUAGACCAGCUUUCUCCGUUUGGAAAGUCUACCUUGAAGAUGCGACAUUGGCCACCAUCCCAGUGCCGUUCAUUGAGGAUUGGAAUCUCGCCGUCAGAGCGCAAAGUAGAGACGGCGGCGGUUAG